AUGCUACCUGGACAACGAGAUGAACACACCGAAUACCAUGAAUAUGUAGUCGGGCCUGGAGAUCGAGCAAUCAACUUCAACUAUGACGACGACCCCCAAAUACACGAGGACAUGAGAGAGCAGGAGCCUGCGGAAUGGCCGAAUGACCUUUUUUCGCCAUAUGACGAAGCUACAACCUAUCAACUACUUCAAGAUUUGAAACAAGCAAAAGCUUUCGUCUGCCGCGUGUUGGUGAAGCCUUGGAAGGAGGUAGAAGUUAUCCAAGAAGUUGUACUGAAGAACCCGGAGGCUCGGACAAGAAUCUUCUCGCAUCGGAAAGUCAAAGGGGUGGUCUACGUUCUACCACGUCCUGACAUGGCGGAAAUCGACAAUUUCUUCAAUGUCGUAUCGGGCCCGGCUGUCCUCCGCACCGAAUCCGGUGCUACAAUCAAAGAGGCUCUUUCGCAUACGGAGACGAAGGUUCUUCUUUUCAAACAGGAAAAUCCAGCUGAGCCCAAUGCGGGAGGACUCGUACGCAUUCACGGCGACGAUACGUACGAGAACCUGAUGGCAUUCGUGGUCGAAGUCGAACCAUGUUCUCAAGUGGCUCAUCUAUUGGUACUUCGGGCUCCGUAUAAAUAUGUCGGCAAUGAACCCGAAUAUGAUGGAUUCCCGAGCGCAAGAAUUCCCGAACUGGUCACAGAGAACGGCCAGCUUGCGCAUGAUGGCCGCAUGUAUGCAUUUGGGCUCAUAAGAGGAAAACUUCCCUUCGACUGUUUACAAUGCGGAAACAUUUGCCCUACAUUUCAAGAAAUCGAGGCGCUUGAGCGAUGCCCAUACGACCCGGUUCAACAGGAGGCUAUUUUCCACAAGCGAAACCAAGUAUCUAAUGGCGACCUCGUCAGGAUCAUAUCCGGAAGGUACCAAGGUCUUGUGGGUUGGGCUGACGAUUUGCGAGCGGAAAGCUGUGGUGUGAUGGCCAGGCCAACAACUUUGGCAGCAGAUACCUUCGGAAUCGAGAUAGCAAAGGAAGAUCUACUGCGUCCGACACUCAAGAAAGGAAAAGACGUGCUUGUUAUCAGAGGUCCCUUCGCGGGAGUGAAGGUAAAGGUUGUCAAAGAUCUGGACAGAUUUCAUGUUCACGCGAAGGUGGUCAAACCUUCCGAAACAAUGGUUCGGGUCAAAAGCUGGGAGAUUAUCAAAUACGCAGAUGUCGGCGAUUACGUUGAAGUGGAAAGUGGCCCAUAUAAAGGUUGUCAAGGCUAUGUAGGAGCAGAUCAGUGGCAAGCGGCGAGAGUGUUUGUCGACGAUCUGGUCGAGAGACACUUAGGGGACAUCACCCUCUUACAUUCCUGGGUCGUCGUUAACUACAACGACCUAAAAACAAUCCAAACAUGUCGCACGGUUGCGCCAACUGCGCCCAUUGAAGAGGAAAGCAAGGGUGGUUCUUUGUUACAACGAUCUUUGGCGGGGAUGGAGGUGGCCAUCGUCUACCACAAAUUUUUGAAGGGUACCACAGGCCGAAUCAUUUCUUCGUCCAUCAUCGAGUCGAAGCGGGGGAAAAGACGGCUUGUAUACAAUGUGGGCAAGCUUCGCGACAAUUCCUCCUACACCUAUCAAGUCAAGGAACUGUCAUCUUCGUGA